GCCCAGCAGAACAACGGCCAGAAUGCACAGAACAACAAUGGUGGCGGUGCCGCCGCCGCCUUGGCUUUGAACCCGGCCAACGUCCAGUCGGGAAGUGCGGCCACAGGUCAAGAGGCAGGUGCAGAGGCGGGCCAGGCUGCUUCUGCUACCGAUCCCGCCAACUUCAUCAACUUCUGUACCGGCAAGACACUCACCAACGGUCUUCAGACCAAAACUGGAUCGUGUAACGGUAUCCCUAUGGGAGACAUUCCCGCCUCAACCGCCAUGGUCUCCUCUGUCUUCACCAGCCCCAAGAACGGCGACGUUGUAGCCCCGAACACUGCGAUGACUUUUUCGGUCCAGAUCGCCAACCUGCAAGCUGGAACGUUCACCAACCCCAGCAACACUUACUACUCUGCCCCUCAAGCUCUUCAGGGCGGUAAGAUCGUCGGUCACACCCACAUCACGGUGCAAGACCUUGGCGGCAGCGCCAACCCCACCCAGCCUCUCGACGCCCAAAAGUUUGCUUUCUUCAAGGGUGUCAACGACGAUGGCAACGGCAACGGACUCCUGAGCGCAAAUCUCGCUGCUGGUCUUCCUGAAGGCUUCUACCGUGUCUGCUGCAUGACCGCGGCCGCUAACCAUCAGCCUGUAAUCAUGCCUGUCGCUCAGCGUGGCGCCCAGGACGACUGCGUUCGCUUCCAGGUCGCUGCCAACGGCGGCGGUGGUGGCAACAAC